CAAAUAUGGUGGCCCAACAAGAUAAUCCACUUGGUGUUGUUUUCUCUACACACCUAGUAUUAUGAAUUGUUAUUGGUUCGCCCACAUAAAAACAUGAAAGAACAGAAAUGGGCUGGUCGUAGGGUUACUACCAGAACCCUUGGCGGUCUAUACUCCGCAUGUGUUAAGGGGCAAAUCUGUUCAUUUAUAUACUCGUAAGAUGCAAGGAUUAAAAAAAAAAAAAAAAAAAUUGCCUCAUCUCAUCACAAGCAUAGAAGAAGAAGAGGAGAAUAGACGAUGGCGGAAUCGAAGCAGUGCGUGGUGUUCGGAGUUCAGCUGAUGAAGCCGUCGUCAGGAUUCGAUGGUUUGAGUUGGUAUGGUUUUGACAGUUCAUUUAGUCCCGUGGAAGCCCUAGAAGGUGGUUAUGAUUCUGAGGAUGAUUGUGGUUAUGAUUUCGGUGCUAUUUUCGACUUGGAUGCAUACUACGAGGUCAAGCUCGACGAUGACUCAUCAAUCGCCAAACCACUUGCAACACUCAGUGGUGUUCGUUUUGGUUCCACAAUUGGUUGCUGGAAAGAUUGUUUGUUUCGUGUGGGUGGAAAUCAUUACACGGAGCAGAAGAAGCGGAAGAUAGAGGAGUACUCCAAGAAGAUUAAGGACUCUGACCCUCGAUGGGAGCGGUUCCGUAUGUGCACCAAUCGAGUGGAUUACUGGAGUCCAGCUGAACAAGAGUGUAAGUGGAAGUUACACUCGCGGCUGAAACAGUCUAGGUCUGGUAGUAAGCUACUUGUGUUGGGACAGCUUAUGUAUGUCGCAGGCGGUGCUUCUAACUUUAAUUUUAAGAACACGGAUAAGGCUAAGAAGGAGGCAAGCUUAAUAUUUAUGGAGGUGUUUAAUUCAGAGAAAAGGCGCUGGGUUGCUGUUGCGAACCCUCCUGAGGAUUCUCAUCUUAUGGAUGAGUUAAGUGUAUGUGCGGCAUGGGAAGGUGGGGGUAAGUUAUUAUUUGCUUCAAUGGCAUGUACACACUUUUAUGCCUAUAAGCCAGCUUCUUGUUCUUGGGAGCGCUGUGAUCAUCUGCGAUUUGUUAAAUCUGCACUUGGUAGCAGUACACGACAUCCUGGGGUUGUGGUUGGAGACCAUUGUCUUUGGCUCAAUUGGGAUUUGAGAGGAAACUUCUUGAUUGGACUUGAUCUUGUUAAAGGCAGAUAUUUUUGCAUUAACUUGGCCUUUGAGAGGCUCCUACCUAAACCAAGUUUUAAAAUUUAUACCCCUCUCUUGCUUCAUUUGCGUGAUGGCAAGUUGUGUUUGCUUUGGAGAGACAACACUCUGUAUCGGGUAUGCAGCGACGAGGAAGAGGAGGAAAGCAGCAGCAGCAGUAGCGAUGAGGAUGACGAUGAUGAUGACAGUGAAGAAAAGGAAGUGGAUGAUGAUGACAGUGAAGAAAAAGAAGUGUAUGAUGAUGACAGCAAAGAAAAAGAAGUGACAGACAACCUCUUUGAGGAAGGAGAAGAGGAAGAGGAGGAAGAAGAAGAAUCAAGAAUGAAGAAGAAUGAGAAAGAUGGAUGGGAGAAUUAUGGAGGUUAUCGUUGCAAUGAAUUUGUUAUAGAUUUUCGGAGGGCUUACAAAAAAGGCUCUCUCAAGAAAGCGAACUCAUAUCGGCCGAAGGCUACUGGAUGUGUGACUGUUAAAUCAAGAAGGAAGCUUAUUGCUCCCAGUCUCUAUCACCAACUUUGGCAUGCUUUUGUCAUGAAUGUUGCUGUUUAUAAGGGUACUAGUGGCGACCAAGGCAAGUCAGAAUCUGAAGCCUUUCCUGCUAUGGAGGUGGUGGCAUCGGAGAGAGAGCUCCAAGCAGGGGCCUAUCCUGUCUUGCGGCCUUGCAAGGAGAGAAGGCCUAACAAGAGGAUAAAAGUGUGAUUGGUCUCUCUAUUAGUGAUCUACCAAACCAUUGCUUAAUUGCAAUUAAGUAUGCACUGUUCCCAUCUAGUAGCAAACGAAUCACGUUAAAUUAUUGUUAGUUUUCUAUGUAUGCACUCAAAGGUUUGUCGUCUUUGAAUGCCAUGUGAAGCAUAGAAUCAUUGUUGGUGCUUGUGAGAAGGUAAUUUUAACUUAAGCAUGGUAGUGUUAGAAUGCUGAAAGUCUCUUUAUGAUGUGACGAUAAUAGUUUUCAUUAUUUAUCUCGAUGCUUGCUUUACUUGUGUCGUAUGAAUCAAUUUAUGAGCAUAGU